AUGGAAGCCCUUCAUCUCUCGAACGGAUCCGUCCAUGGAGGCAACCCGGACAGCCCAUCAUCACCAACAACCAGCUCAAGGACCUUCGAAAGCUCAGAACUAUACAAAGGAGUCUACGACUACGUCAAACAAUACAUGUCCCGCUUCGAUGCCUCGCACGACUUCAACCACAUUUUACGCGUAGAAGCACUAGCAAACCACAUUUUACGCGAAGAACAGCGUGAAAACCCAGACAAGGAAUUCGACAACCAAACCAUCGUCCUCGCCGCCCUGCUCCAUGACGUCGGCGAUGCGAAAUACGUCCAGCCAGGCGAGAGCGCGGAGCACAUGAUCGAUCAGGUAUUACAGAAGCAUGGGUGUCCGCCUGCCUUGAUAGCCAAAGUAGCGCUCAUCGUGGAGCACGUGUCGUACUCGAAAGAAGUCAAGCGGCCGCAGCUCGUGCAGGCCAUCCUCAACUCGCACCCUGAGCUGGCCAUUGUGCAGGAUGCGGAUCGCUUGGAUGCUAUUGGUGCCGUGGGCAUUGCACGGACUUUUGCCUUUACGGCGGCGAAGAUUUCGUCGGAGAGGGGGUUGGAGACCUCUAUUGACCAUUUUGGGGAGAAGUUAGAGAGGUUGGAGGGGAUGAUGAAGACGGAGUCGGGGAGGCGGUUGGCGAGGGAGAGGACGGAGAGGCUGAAAGUGUUUCGGCGGUGGUGGGAGGAGGAGCAGGUGUUGAUUUCUUGA